AAGUCGUUAAAACUCAGCUGAACUCGAGCCACACUAUUGAAACCUAUCUUACAGUAUCCGCAAUUAAAAUUCGAAAAGGUCUGUACCACUGGACUUUCUUUGUAAAAGCAUUUAAAAAAUCUAUUUCUAAGAAAGGUAAACUAUAUUGAGUUCAUUUAUGACUUGUAUUUACUUAAAUUUACUUCAUAUUUUUGAAACCGGGUUCUGAGCGAAAAUACAUUCUUAACGGACAAGCCUGAUAUAUUACAAGGAUUUUCUGUUACUAUAUCACUAUCCAAUACUUUGCAGAUAGACCUAUAGAAUGGAGAUUAAUCAAACUACUGUACAAAGUCUUGUUGAGUGCUUAACAAAAACACUUUCACCAGAACGCUCCAUAAGACAACCAGCUGAGAGCUUCUUGGAAUCAAUUGAAGGAAAUGAGAAUUUUUCUGUUAUCUUAUUGAACGUCAUAGACUGCGAUAGUAUUGAAUUUCAUGUGAGAGUUAGCGCUGCUGUAACAUUUAAAAACUUUGUCAAAAGAAAUUGGCGAAUUGUUGAAGAUGUUAACAAAAUAUGCGAUAAAGAUAGAAAUUUUGUCAAGACCAGUAUAGUUAAUUUGAUGUUGAAAAACCCUGAACAAAUUCAAAAACAGUUAAGUGACGCUAUUAGUGUUAUUGGGAAAGAAGAUUUUCCUAUGAAAUGGACGGAUCUUUUGAAAGAGUUUUCCACUAAAUUUCUUUCACAAGAUAUACACAUCAUUAAUGGUGUUUUAAGAACAGCACACUCAUUAUUCAAGAGAUAUCGCCAUGAGUUUAAAAGUCAAGAACUAUGGACCGAAAUUAAAUAUGUAUUGGACAAUUUUGCAGAGCCUUUUACUAAAUUAUUUAUCGAUAUGAUGAAUAUUGCCAAUGAAAAUGCAAGCAAUCCGGAAAAUUUAAAAAUCAUUUUCAGCUCUCUUGUAUUGAUUUGCAAAGUAUUUUAUUCUCUCAAUUAUCAAGAUUUACCGGAGCAUUUUGAGGACAAUAUGAACAUUUGGAUGGGUCAUUUUCAUACCUUAUUGACAAUUGAUAAUAAAAUUUUACAAACUCAAGAUGAUGAAGAAGCUGGUUUACUUGAACAAGUUAAAUCACAGAUUUGUGACAAUGUUGCGUUAUAUGCACAAAAAUAUGACGAAGAAUUUAGUUCUCAUCUACCUGGAUUUGUUGAUGCAAUUUGGAACUUAUUAGUUGGAACUGGUCAACAAGUGAAAUACGAUCUCCUCGUAUCGAAUGCUAUUCAAUUUCUUGCCUCUGUGGCUGACAGAAAUUCAUAUAGAAAUGUUUUUGAGGCUCCAGGAACCUUGCAAUCAAUAUGUGAAAAAGUUAUUGUUCCCAAUAUGCAUUUUAGAGAAGCAGAUGAGGAAAUGUUUGAAGAUAAUCCGGAAGAGUACAUUAGAAGAGAUAUUGAAGGCUCUGACGUUGAUACAAGAAGGCGUGCUGCGUGCGACCUUGUCAGAUCUUUGUGUCGAAUGUUUGAAGGUCCUGUAAUUGAGAAUUUCUCCAGCUAUAUUCAGGCAAUGUUACAGGAGUACAGUGUUAAUCCGAAGGGAAAUUGGAAAUCGAAAGAUGCUGCAAUCUAUUUAGUUACAUCGUUGGCUGCGAAAGGAGCCACACAGAGACAUGGUAUUACUCAAACUAGUGAACUUGUUAACAUAAUAGAUUUUAUGAAGACUCAUGUUUAUCCUGAUAUUGAAAAUCCGAAUGUCAAUGAAAAUCCAGUUCUAAAAGCAGAUGCAAUCAAAUACGUGAUGGUGUUUAGAAGUCAACUUCGUCGUGAAGCUCUUGUAAGCUGUAUACCUGGUCUUAUACGUUUAUUAACAGCGGAAACUCAAGUCGUUCAUACUUAUGCAGCCCACGCUCUUGAAAGAAUUUUUACCGUUAAAUUGGAAGAUGGGCCAGCUGUGACCAAAGAAACGCUAAGUGUGUUUGUAGAACCGCUGUUGACGAAUUUAUUUGCUUUACUUGAAACUACUAAGUCAGCGGAAAAUGAAUAUGUUAUGAAAGCAAUCAUGAGAAGCUUCAGUCUUUUACAAGAAAAGAUAGCACCUUACUUAUCUGGCUUGCUCCAAAAAUUAAUCGAGAAACUUAUGCAAGUAGCCAAGUGGCCCAAGAAACCUCACUUUAAUCAUUAUAUAUUUGAAACAAUAUGUGUGGCUAUUAGAGCAAUGUGUAAAGCUGAUACAGCUGCCGUUGAAGUAUUCGAGAAAGGACUAAUGCCAAGUUUUCAAGAAAUUCUUCAACAAGAUGUCCUUGAAUUUAUUCCCUAUGUGUUUCAAAUUUUAUCACUGCUCCUCGAAUUGCACCCAGCAGGGGGUGGUGUGCCUGAUUUAUACAUUGCUCUUUUCCCUCACUUAUUACAACCUGUCCUUUGGGAGAGAUCUGGAAAUAUUCCAGCCUUAGUUAGGCUCUUACAGGCGUUUAUAUCUGUUGCUAGUUCGCAAAUUGAGGGUAGCAAGUUGGAAGGAUUACUUGGAAUAUUCCAAAAGCUAGUUGCUUCGAAAACAAAUGAUCAUGAAGGAUUUUACAUUUUAAAUACUUUGAUCAACACAAUGUCAAAGGAGCGAAUGGAACCAUUCAUUCAGCAGAUAUUUGUGUUAUGCUUUAGAAGAUUAACAAGUUCCAAGACUACGAAAUUUAUAAAAAGUUUCCUUAUCUUUAUGUGUGUUUUCACCAUAAAAUAUGGAGCAAAUGUCUUGAUUCAAACAGUUGAAUCUAUUCAAGAGAAGAUGUUUGGUAUGGUAUUAGAGAAAUUAUUUGUGCCAAAUGUGCAAAAAUUGACAGACACAAAGGAAAAGAAAAUUUGCGCAAUUGGAAUUACAAAUAUAUUAACUGAUGCUCCUAUUAUGCUUACGAAUUUUCAAGCUUUCUGGGGUCAACUACUUCAGUCUUUAAUCGGGCUUUUUGAAUUGCCUGAAGAUAGCAGUAUACCAGAUGAUGAACAUUUUAUAGAUAUUGAAGAUACACCAGGCUAUCAGGCUGCCUAUUCUAAAUUGGCUUUUUCUGGGAAAUCUGAGUUUGAUCCAUGUGCUAACGUAGAAAAUCCAAGAAUAUACUUGGUAAAAGGCCUGCAAAAAGUUUCUCAAGCCAACCCUGGAAAACUACAACCACUCAUCACUGCAAGUUUACCGCCUCAGGCUACUGAUUUUCUACAACAAUACUUGAAUCAAGCAGGCGUUAUGCUAUCUUAAAAUUUUGUUUCCUAAAACACCGAGAGUCAUCUGGUUUUUUGAAAAUCAAGGCGCAGCUGCCAUUUUAUUUAUAUCUGCAAGAAAGCGAUUUUUAUAAAUAAAAAGUUCUCUAGUGUAUUUUU